UCACCGGAAGUCACGGAGGACAACUUCCUGUCCGGUGUCAGGUCAAAAUGCUCGCUGUGAGAGGGUUACAUAGGCUAAAACCUGUUUUAUCACAACAUGGAAACACAGGUCUGAGAAGAGUCUCUGCAGCUUCAAAUGUGGUCCAACACAAAGAGGACAUGUUUGUUAAAAUGGAAAACCCGUACAAAGAGCCAGAGAAAGGUUGCCUCCUCUGCAACGUCACAGUGGACUACAAAAAUAUUCAGCUGCUGUCUCAGUUCAUCUCGCCUCACACCGGCAGGAUUUACGGCCGACACAUCACAGGACUGUGUGGACGGAAACAGAAGGAAGUCUCUAAAGCCAUAAAGAAAGCUCACUCAAUGGGUUUCAUGUCGGUGACCCACAAACAUCCACAGUUCAUGAGGGAUCCAAAUAUCUGUGGUGUCAAACGUCAGGAUUAGUGGAUCGAUUAGUGAUCAGUGUUUGUUCAGUCUGUGAUUACUUGUUAUUAAAUCUGUCUGUACUGAGA